AUGCAUUCUAAAACGAAUAUUUUCUAUAUAAUAUUGAUUGGAUUUAUAAUAUUAUUAAACAUUGAUAGUUCAUCAUCAGACCAUGAUGAUCAUCAUGAUGAUCAUCAUGAUGGAGGAACUCAGUGUUUUUCUGGUGAUUCAUUAAUUAAAUUAUCAAAUGGUGAAUAUAAAGAAAUUGGUAAUCUUCAAUCUGGUGAUGAAAUUAUAACUAUUGAUCAAUCCAAAAUAAUUUCAACAGAAAUGGUAAUGAUAUUAGAUAAACAAAUUUCAAAACAAGCAUUAUUUUAUACGUUAAGAACAGAUUCUGAUAAUGAAAUAAGUUUAACACAAUAUCAUUUAAUCCCAACAAUAGAUUCAAAUGGAAAUGAAAAUUAUUUAUUUGCAAAACAAAUUAAAAUAGGAGAUUAUUUAUUUGUUCUAUUUAAUGGAAAAUUAAAAUAUUCUCCAGUAAUAAAUAUAACAAUUGAAAUGAAAAAAGGUUAUUAUGCUCCAUUAACAAUGAAAGGUACUUUAUUAAUAAACAAUGUUUUAGCAAGUUGUUUUGCAAAUGUUAACAAUCAUCAUUUAGCACAAUAUUAUAUGGCACCUUUUCGUUAUUAUUAUAAAUUUGCUCAAUUUAUGUCUGUGUAUGAUCCAUUUAAUAUUAAUAAAACUGAAGGUUUAUAUUCGACAGUUAAUAUGAUGUUUUACUUCGCACGUUAUUUUAGAUCAGAUGCAUUAUAUUUAUGA